AUGCCAGACUCGAAUGAAGCUGUGCCAGCACCAUGCUUGGUCAUCAAGGAGGACAUCAACAAGUGGUGAGUCCUGAAAGGCUGAAAGGAAUCAAUACAAUUACAAGUGCUUAUAUGUACAGUUUUAUAUUAUUUAAUGAAUCCUUACAUGUUCUUUGGGUGUAGUGGAUUUAAGUGCCUUUAAAAAGUACCUUGUUAAAAAAAAACUCAUAACUCACUCUGGUCAAGUUUUAUCUAUUCUAUGUCAAUAAAUAGGCAUGCAUCCACAUGAACUGUUUUUCCCUGUUAGAUGAUCAUUUAAUGGAGCUAAAAAUCUUGUUUACACCAUAGUGACAUUCACAUGGGGCUCCUUACAGUAACAUAAAUGUCUUGAGGAGCACAGAUAGAUUGGAGGUCUAAAAUAGGCAGCCGCAUGUAUGACCUAUUGCAGUGAGGGAGGGGCAGCACAUUCCUGCUUGCUGCUUCAUGUUACGUUCAGACAUUUGGUGAGUGUCCACGUGCAGUGGUGAUUAGUGUGAGUGGAGCCGCUGUGCAGAUUAUACACUGUUCUUCACCAAAUGCAGAUAGUAGCAGCUGUGAGGCUUUGAGAUGACAUACUGGAGAAGACACUGUUAUAAUCCGUGUAUUGCACAUGCAGACUAAGUUUAAAGACAUUCUGUCAAUGCUGCAUAGAGUUACAGGUGACACAAAAUCCAAUGUGUUCAUUUAUUUCACAUCUGAACCAUCAAAUUGAGAUACUUUGACUUAAGUCUUGUAUGCAAAAACUAAAUUCUGGCAGAUUUUUUUUUUACAUCUGGGUUUUGUGUUUCAGUGUCAGGGAGAAAGGAGCAGAAAGCUGUAAAGAUCUGGUGGAUGCCUUCCAGGCUUGUAUAAAAACUCUGUCAGAGGGAUCGUAACACACAAGAAAAUUCGUCCUAGUAAAAUGUAAGUUCACAAAAUGACAGUAUUAUAUACUCUUUUACUGUAUACAGAAUCAAAGAUCAUAAAACACAAGUUCUGUGCUCACACAGAUACUUUUAAUGCAUCAUAACGGGCUUUCUAAGGAUUUUCCUUUUGAGCUUUGUUAUGUACAUUCUGCUUAAUCUUUUUCUUUUUUACUAGAAAAUAAUAAAAAAUGUAAUGAUUGAAAAAUACAGCUAAGUCUUAAGCUUAAUGACAAAACAAUAUAAAUGAGGGAGCCCGGGUUGAGAAAUUCAAAUGAAAUAAGAAAUUUCAUUUCAAAAUGAAAAAGAGAAAUAGUACAAUGUAAAUAUUGAGGUAAAAAAAUACCGUUGUGUACAGAUUCAUUAUUGCAUGCACAUUAAAAUCUAAUUUACAUGUUUAUCAUAGCCAGUGAUGUUUCAGAUUUACUUCCUCCAGACUUUCAUUUUCUUUCUUUCUUAUUUCCUUAGUGCUCCUUUCACUCAAUCCUCCAGUUUUCCAUCAUUCCCUUCCUCCCUAAUUGCACUGGACUGA